AUACAACUACGCGGGUAUAAGGGGUCAAUUCAUUUGGGUAUUUCCGCCACUGAUGACAAUGAACUUCUUGUACGAAAAUGUUAAAAGUACCAGAGUACCAGAGUACCAGAAUGCCGUAUAUACAGUAAAUAAUUUAUCUGUAGGAUCUGAAUGGUACCCUGUUCUGCUUGAAAAUGAAUGGGCUGGCGCUCGGUUUUACAGCUCAUUCGUGAUGGAGGCCAUCCAAUACGACGUUAGGGUCGCCUUAUUCAUUCUGUGUACUUUUGACACAAACUGCCCACUCCACUAAUGUCGCCUACCUGACCCGAGCCCAUGUCAGCUAUCCAGGUACGGAUCCCUCAAAACCAUGGAUACUGGAUUUUCCCCAUCACUCCGACAUUUCGAAGAUCCUUUACUUCUCUUGCCAUUCUCGAAGAUGAUCUUCUCUUCACUAGAUAGCUAGCCUUUCUCCGUCACGAUGGACCAUAUUCUCGCAGUCAUAGAGGAGAGCACAUCAGAAACAUCGGCGACCGCAAGUCCAGCUUCGACAACUACGACGCCGUCGAUCUCGGUUCUCACGCUCACUAUAAAGCCCCUAACAACGACAUUCACGCCGCCUUCAUCAUGUGGGGAGAUGCACCUCACUCAGUUAUCUUCGCCGGGCUACCAGCUCUGGUUGAACGAGCCUCAGCCAGUACCUGGCUCUAAGUUUGGGGAUUGUUACCCGCCUGGCUUCAUAGAAGGAUAUACCAGUAUAUCGAAUGCGUCGAGUUCUGUCGCCCCAUUAUUCUCUCCUCUGGUUUGUCCCGAAGGUUGGACUACGGCGAUGACUUGGACGAAUGGAUACAUUGCUUGUUGUGCUUCUGGCUUUCUACUCCAUCCCCCAGACACAACGGUAGACCCUAAUCGGCCUGGCUACGGAGGGACUUGCUACAGUGAUUUCCAGGUUGGCCAGACCGUCGAGGUGACAGCAUACAAUAGCGCGAGCGUCACGGCUACGGCUGAAUGGAUAGCCUCAGCGACGAACGAUCAAGCUUACGCACACCCUAUCGAUGGAUUUCAAGUAGUGUCAGAUGAUAAUACACCUUCUAGACUCUCCGGGGGCGCUAUCGCGGGUAUCGUGGUAGGUAGCGUGGCUGGUCUAAUUCUUAUAUUGCUAGCGUUGCUAUUCCUGUUUCAGAGAUACCGUCGAAAGAGAGCUCAACAAUCGUCGGGUGAUCACUAUCAGUCACAACCGCAGGGGAUCCAGCAGGAGAUUCAGCAAGAGCAACUGUCCAAAGAACUUGCGGCAUCACCCAGCACCGGCUAUCUACAGUCACCCUAUGAUUCUACUGGCGGGACACUCCGUGAGGCGAGUCCUCCUCUGUACGCAACUAACCAACGAUACGAACUUGGCGUCCCUGAAAGUCACGAAUUGGACUCGGGGUUUUUGGGACGAGAACUCGAAGCUCGGCAGAUACCGAAGCACGAAGUAGAUAGGAGUGGGUGGUAAAACUGGAAAGCAAUUAGUAUGGUACAUGGUCUGAAGGCGAAAAUAAUGGCAAGUUUGAUCAGAUAUUAAAGCGGUCUACGGGUUCUAUCCCUUAUAUUGCACUAUGUAUUCCUAGCUAGACAUAUAUAAGGCACAAAUGGUUCCGGGUGAGCGUAUAGCAAAACUUUUACGACGGAACAAUUAUUAUGAUACUUCUUUAAUUGAUAUUAUUAACUGGAAA